UUAUUGAUUGGGAAGAAGCAGAAAGAAAGGCGCAGCAAAAUCGAAACGAAACCAUUUAUUUAAAUCCAAUUUUCCUUCAUAGCUGUGGUAAAAUUUCGUGUUCGGAGCAUAAGUGGACAUUCCCUAACUAUUGACGGACUCCAAUUGCUUUGAGUUUGGAAUUUUCGUGCAAGCUUCUUGUCGUAUUCUUGUUCGUUCCUGCGAACACCCGACCGACAACCGAAACGAACAAAUUCGCCGAUACACAGAUUUUUCUAGAAACGCACAAGGAUGACCAAUCUGGAGAAGCAACACGAGAUGGUGAAGCACAGCCUGGUGGAGUUCAUCAGUGGCCAUAUACCUGGCGCCGACUUCCGAGUUGUUGAUGAGAUUGUGCUCUCCUACAUAAUCUCAAUAUUGGAGGAGGCCUCGCAGGAUCCUUGCUUCGAUGUGGAGGGCUUUGUCGAGAUGAUGGGCGCCUAUUUCGAGGAGUUCCCGACCAUUGACCAAGGCGUCAUUUGCGAUUGGAUCUACAAGCUGGCCAACGAGUUGACAGAGAUGGAGAAGAACCAAGGCAACCAUGACGCUGUUGACUUGUCGCUCAACUUAUUGAGCCUAUCGAAUAUUAUACCAGAGUCCAGGCUGCGGGCUCGCAACUCAUCCAUUUCGGAGAAGGAUGAGCUCUCCUCGAACAACAGCAGCAGCGGCGGCAGCCACGGCAAGCGCUCUCAGCACUUGUCCGAGACAAGCGAUGGUGGCUCCACUGAUAGCUCCAGCUCCAAUUGCGACUACUUUUUCGAUGAGGCCGAAGCUCUGCAGGAAAUGUUUCCCGACGCAGCCUAUGUUGAGAUCAAGCAUUGCAUUGCCAUAUCCAAGGGCGACAUAGACAGUGCCACUCAGAUCCUAUUGCAUCGCCAGGAGACCAAUCAGAGCCUGACCGAUAAGUCGCACACCAUGAUUAUCAAGAAGAACGUUGUCGUGGAUGAUAACGAGCUGAAGAAUCGCAUCAUUGCCAGGUACUCGUAUGUGGACAAGAACGCCACUCAGCGGGAGUACAAGCCGGUGGUGCCCAAGAUGGAGCCGCGCAAGUUGGUUCGCUAUCGGGACAACAAGAUUGUCUCGUUGAAGGGCGAACGCUACACCGAGAUCAAGCGUGACGAAGAUGCUGAGUUAAAAAAACCCAAGAAGCAGAUUCAACCGUAACUAAAGAUGAACAAAACUCUCUUCAAGUAUUUUAUCAAGAAGCAAAUUAAUCCACAUCCAAGUAAUUUACCCGCACCCACGACACUGCUCUUUAAACACAACAGCGACACCGAUUCCGAUUCUGAACACAGUAAAUGCACUCAGCUGCAUAUUGGAAUAACCCGAACGAACGCCCAUUCCUAUGCCCUUGCUAAUGCCAACGCCAAUGCCAAUGCCAAGUCUGGCCGAUUAGUCCAGGCUUCUACCCCAGCAUCAUCUGCCCAACUUAGCCAACGUUUAGAUGCUUCCUUAUCCCUCGCAGCACAACAAGAGGAGGAUCGAGAGUAUGAUAAAGACGAACAACUGAGCAAACGUAAAGCCACCGAGUCCCAGUCCCGCCCCCGCUCCCGCUCCCGUCAUUCAUGUGAGUACGGAACUGCUGAGUUUGAGUUUUCGGCUGGUAUUUUGAUGAUGGUUUUGUUGCUAGUUGGUGUUGGCCAGUGGACGCCACAGAAUCACAUCUCUCCACUUCAUCAAGUUGUAGACAAAGACAGAAAGACUUUACAUACCAAAUUAGUUAAUAGUUAUGCUUUAGGACACCCCAACGUAUAUUUUCAGAGCCCGGCCGUGGUCGCUUGCUUAUGAGUUUCAUUACUGGCCAGCGACAGCUGACGAGCAGGCGGCCCAAAAAGAUGGCCAGUUGCCGGUCGCUGUGAUCGCGUUACCGCUUGUGAACGCGAUCGCUUAUGACGACUAGUGUCGCGCCUGCGAUGUGAAGGGUUGUGCUCCUUAGUUCCUUAUGCAAGCAAAUUCGAAUUGAAAACUUAUCUGUGAAAAUUGUGAGGUGCAGUCUACCGCCGCCCGCUAGCGAAUCGCGAAUCUCGAACCUUGAAUGUUCUUAAACAGUAUUGUCCUCUCUUUACCCACACCCAAACACACACACACACACACUGAAGCAGGUGCGACACCCAACCCGAAUUUGGAGCUCAAAUAGACUUAUUUAGAGAUUUGUAGGUACUCGAAUUGAAUAAUUGAGUUUUGUUGGCCGUGUGCGUGUUUCAAAAACGCAGCUGCACAAAAACCUUGCCAUAUCUUUUUAAGAUUUGUUUAUUGUUUUUUUAUUGUGUAACUUGUUUUGUUUUUCCAUUGGUCCAAGCAAACUAGCAACAUUAGCAACAUACCAAAGCCACAAACUAGUCCAGUACAGUCCAGUGUCCAGUCCUCUCUCCUCCCAUAAGAAAUCGGCUACUGCUCGGAAUAAGACAGCAAUAUUUAACCAUAAUCGAAGCAUAUUCAAGCAUACAAUACAUAAUUAUAAAAUAAUCGAUUAAUCAACUAUUUAUAUAGCGUAGCCUUUAGCCUCUCCCAAACCCCCUUUCCUCGCCACCAAACAUUGUAAUCCCCACUACAAUAUCUCGGUAAUCAUGUCCAGGCUUGUACUAAUCCCACGCCAAAUGCAAUUCAUGUGUAGAUGUAAGCAUCAA